AUGACUGAUAGUAUUGGUAAAUUUGAAAAGUUAAAUAAUAAAUUAACGAGCCUGCUAGAAGAAAAUAAGAAACUUAAACAACAACAUAAAGAAACCUUGCGUAUAAAUUCGGAAUUAGAUGAAAAACUUAAAGAAAGCAAUGAAAAAGUCGUACUACAGGCUCUAAAUUUAGAAAAGCAAUUAGAAGAAAUUAAGAGCCUCAAUCAACAACAUAAAAGUCUUCAAGAAGAAAACCAACGCAUAAAUUCAGAAUUAAAAGAAAAACUUCAAGAAAAAGAUGAGCAAUUGAAAAAACUUAAACAAAAACUUCUAAUUUUGGAAAAACAAAAAAAUGAGUUUGAAAUAAUGUCUCAAAAUUUAGAAAAAGCUCUAGAAAUUUUGGAAUUAGACGAAAUUAAUGAAAAUGAUGAUAAAACUUUUAAAGAAAAAAUUAGUCCUUUAAUUAGUGAACAACAUAAAAAAGAAACCACAACCUUUCCUUUAAACGAUAAUGACGGUAUUGAACUAUCGCAAAUUCCUCCAAACUAUCUUGGAGCUCUUAUGCAAAAGGCUCCUCCGGAUGGGAUAAUUGUACAAGAUACUUGGCAUGAUUAUCAUGGCAGAUUUAAAACUAAUACGGCACUAAAAUACGAUAAUGAAUAUAAAAAUGUAAUAUCAUGGGGCGCUCCAGCUUUAGCUAAAAGACAAAUUCGUAGGAAACAAACAGUUAAAGCUAAUAAACCAAAAUCGGAAAGUAACGUAUUAUUGGUUCUUACGGUUCCAGCAGAAUUUUCAAGUAAUAAAAUAGCGAUUAUGAGAGAUUGUGCAUUUAAUGCAGGAUUACUUAAAGAAAGACGAUCAACAAAUUUACAAUUCACUACAGAAGCUGAAGCCGCUGCAAUAUCUUGCAUGAAACAGCUUCGAGAACAUGGUCUUAAAGCAGGAGAUAAUUUCAUGGUUGUCGACUGUGGUGGUGGUACAGUGGAUUUGACCAUUCGUAAAUUGAUAAAUGAUAAUCAAAUGAGUGAAACUACCGAAAGAACUGGUGAUUUCUGUGGAAGCACGAAUAUUGACAAUGAAUUCAUCAAACAUUUAAGCAGAAUACUUGGGCAUAAUGCCAUGGAAAUGUUUAGAGAAAAUCAUUAUGAACAAAUGCAAUAUUUAAUUAAGGAAUUUUGUAAAAGUUGUAAAUUACCUUUUAACGGAGAAGAACAAGACUUUAGUAGUUAUGAAUUGGAUCUCGACCUAUCUGUUCCUAUGCUAAAAAAAUAUAUUACUAAUGAUAUGAUAGAAAAAAUAGAAGAAGAUGAAGGGAUAAUUGAAAUAGGUUUUAAUGACAUAAAAUCAAUGUUUGACCCUGUUGUUGAAAAAAUUUUACGGCUGAUUCGUGCACAACUCGAUAAUUGUUCUGAAACCAUUUCGGCAAUUUUUUUAGUUGGAGAAUUUCAACAAAGAGUACGUAAUAUUUUAAUUCCUGGUAUUCCUACGACUGCAAUUGAAAAAGGAGCUGUGUUGUAUGGAUUAUCCUCCAUGAAUUCAGAUUUAAAUGUAAUUGCUUCAAGAGUUCUUAAAUAUACUUAUGGGGUUAAAGUAAGAAAAUUCUGGACAAAAAAUGAUCCGAUUGAUAGAAAAAUCUAUGAUGAGCGUAUUGAUAAAUUUGGUUGUUUAGCCAAGCGCGGUACUCCAAUGAAAAUUAAUCAGAAAAUAACAUGUUCUUUUUUACCACUUUAUCCCACUCAAACCAAAGUAGUCUUUUAUCUUUAUUAUACUAAAGAAUAUGAUGCACAAUAUUGUGAUGAACCUGGUAUGAAUCUUUUAGGUAUACUUACCAUUGAUCUUUCUGGCUCAGGCCUUGAUAAUCUUUCUUUCGGGUUGGCUUUUGGACAUAUGGAAGUUUCCGCCACUGCAAUUAAUGAAACUAAAGGAAAAAGUUAUGAUAUUAACUUUGAAUUCAACGUCUAA